AUGUCGUCCGCUCCCGUUCCGACGAUCCCAAAGCCCGGCCCGGUCCUCGACAAUGUCGGCCGCCCGCCACAACGUACUCCAGUCCACUCGCAAGCCGGUGGCGAUGCCAUGGGGAAGGGCAGAGUCUCCGUCAUCGACACCGUCAAGGCGAUUUUGAGAAAAAAGGAGGUAAGUUCAAGGUUUUGUUGGAUUUUUUUGAUUUUAGGGGUGAAUCAGGAUAGUAGAGGUCUGUAUGUGAUGUAAAUUGUCGUUUGGACCAGGUUUUAGCUCAAAAAAUGGGGUAAAUGGGUAUUUCCCCUACAAUAUAAUUUUCCAAAAAUUCGUCAAAUUUUCUCCUUUUAUCUCACUAAUCUUUUGAUCACAGAAAGAAGUAGCCGAGCUCGCCGCGAAGAGUGCCCUGAAACAAGAGCAGCCAGCAAAAAAAGCCGAUCCCAAACCAAUCUCGGAUCAGGUGGAAGUGGAAUAUCUAGAUGAAGUGCCAGAUGGUGUAAAUGGACACAGGGGUCCAAUCGCUCAGCCGGGAAAGUUUGUGAGGGUAAGUCCCUAAUUUUUUUAGGGUUUUAGCGAAAUUUGAGAUUUUUUGAUAUUGUACUAGACAAAGGGCGAAAAAAUUGUGAAAUGACGAGGAAUUUAACCAUCCGGAGGGUUGAAAAAUUCUUAUAUAUGAGACUUGAUUAAUUUUCGGACAGUUUAGCGCCUUGUAACGCCGUUGUGGAUGAUUGGGAUAUUUUAUACGAUGAAACAUGUGAAACAUCACAUUUUUAGUCUCUGAAUGUAAUUACACCUCCAUUUUAGUGUGCCAAAAUGUUCAUUCCGGAGGUGGAGAAUUACAAUUUCAUUGGUCGCAUCAUCGGUCCUCGAGGAAUGUCCGUCCGCAGAAUUGAAACGGAAACCACAUGCAAAUUUCAGAUCAGAGGCAAACGCUCGGUCAAGGUAAGUGUUUGAUUUGUGAAAAUUGGUGUUUAGGUAGUGCUUAGAGGUCAGCUAGACUUUGGGAUAACAAUGACAGAGUUUUCACGGAUUGCAAAACCAUUUUAUACGAUGAAAGCUUUCUGAUGUUUGCCUGAGGGUUUUAAUUUUUUGGUCAUUACCAUUGUGAUUGUACUAGGCUAGUUAGCAAUAUUACGCAACUUUUUCACCUUUAGAGACAUUUUAUACGAUGAAAAAUGUCUUUCUUUUCUCGACGAGCUGCGCCCUGGUUUCAUUCAUUGGAAACUUUUUUAGCACUAAAUUCUAACUGUAGUCUCUUCCAGGACCCCCUCCGUGAAGCCCAACUUCGCGGCAAGCCGGGCUGGCUUCAUCUCGAAGAGCCGCUGCAUGUUUUGAUCACCUGCGUCGACGAUGACUUGGACCGCUGCAACGAACGCUUGGAUCGCGGCGUCAGCGCCGUUCAGGGCCUUCUAACCCCCACUUACGACGAAUUCAAACGCCAGCAAUUGGUUCAGCUCGCGUUGAUCAACGGAACUUACCGACCUCUGUGA